UAAUUAAAAAUAUAAUAAAAAUACCUCAUGUGUAUAAAUUUAUAAUUAACUAAAUGAUAAGAAAUUAUGUAUUGUUUCAUUGUACAAGUUGAAUGACAACAAGGGUUUCUACAUUAAAAAUGAUUUCUAAUGAAAAUGAAGACAUUUUUGAUAAUCGACCGAAAACUCCUCCAAAAGAAAGUUGCUGUGGCAGUGGAUGUAAUCCUUGCAUUUUGGAUGUUUAUGAAAAAUUAUUAAAACAAUGGGAAGAAAGAAAGAAAAAUAACAUACUUAUAGAAAGAAAGAAAAAUGUAAUAUCUCCAACAUCUUUGAAUACUUUCGUAGUUAGCGACAAUUAUAAAGCAUCGAAAGAUUAUAUUUUUCUAUGGUUAGAAUAUAAAGGUAAUAUUAAUAAUAAUAGAUCCUUAUACCUAAUUCCUGGACAAUAUAUUAUAUUACGUUAUGGUUCUAUGUCGAAAGCUUACACACCUAUUUCUUGGUCAGAAACAAGUUUGAUGCUUUUAAUAAAAGUCUACCCAUCAGGAAGAUUUAGUCAGCUUUUAAAUAAUGCAAAGAAGAAUGACGAAUUUGAAAUCAGAGGACCAUAUGGGGAUUUUAUAUAUAACAUUAAUAGCUUCCACGAGAUCAUUAUGUUCUCUAUUGGAUCUGGAAUUACAGCAGUUUAUCCUAUAGCUAAGGUUAUUGUUGAAAAUGAAGAAGAAGAAACGAAAAUAAAUUUCAUUGCUGGUUUUCAAUCAAUUUCGUGUGUACCUUUAAAAAAAGAACUUCAAAAUUUAGCAGAUUAUUGGAAUUUUGUAUGCACAUUACAUAUAUCAGAAGAUUUAGUUUCAGACACCAAUCAAAGUAUUCAUGGUAUUAAUAUUGAAAAUGAACGUUUAUCUAAACAGUCAGUAUAUAAUUACCUACAACGAAAUCAAAAACCAAAUACAACGUUAAUUUUAAUAUGUGGAACUGAUGAAUUUAAUCAUUCGAUUGAACAAUGGUCAAGAGAAAAUAAUUAUUCCCAUAUACAUGUAUUCAGAUGAUAUAAGAUUUAUUUAUAUAUUCAAUAUUAGAAAAAUCGAAUAUAUUAAUAGACAUUUUUUUUUUUCAAUUAUCACCAAAAUCUUCAUAAUUCACUCUUCAUUGUAUUCCGAUCCACAUUUAGUUUAUUUAAUUGCAUUGUAAAUCUUGUUUCUAUUAAUCUGUUUUUAAUUGAAACGAGAGUAUCAAUAAUAUUUUCAUCCACCGUAUCUUUCAUUAAAUUAGUAUAUAGCAAAGGUAAUACAAUCAUUUCAUUCAAUUUGUCCGGAAAUAGCGCAUCUCGUGUUUCUACAUUUGAGAGAUCACGAAUAAACUUUUCAAAAAUUGAAAUUUGCUUCGAUACCAGAUAUAAGGCUAUAAAAUUAAUACAAAUGACAAAUAAAUAUUCAUCUUUCCAAUAAUGUUAUGUUUGUUUUCGCUUUUUGUUUUUUUGUAAAUUCUAAUAUAACUUCUGUGUCAAUACAACUUACUUUCUAAAAUAGAAUUUCCCCGUGCUAGACUUCCAUUGCUUUUCAUAAAAUAAGAUUUCGUAUUAUCUAAUAAUGUUACACUGUUUUCAAUGUCUUUUACU